GUCACCCGCUGUCCGGAGCUCCUAAAAGAUGGCGACGAAAGGGACGCUUCACCUCCGCCGCGUCUCGGCGCGUUUGGCCCUUUUUCUCGCCGUUUUAAGCGCCUUGAACGAGGCGAACUGCGACGAGCAGGUGCCGCUGGUUCUGUGGACGAGCGGAGGGACCGCCCCCCCCCCUCAGGCUCCGCCCUCAGCCGGGCACAUCGUGGGGCAGCAGCAGCUCACCUCCUACCUGCAGAAGGCUCUGAGUGACGGCCCGAGGAACGUGGUGCUGUUCCUCCAGGACAAGAUGAGCAUAGAGGACUUCACCAUGUAUGGAGGAGCGUUUGGAAACAAGCAGGACACGGCGUUCCCCAACCUGGAGGGGGCGCUAAUGUCCUCGUCCUCCCCUCUGGUGUUACCCGCUGUGUCCUGGCCUGCCUCCAAUGCAGUGAUUGGCCAGCUGCAGGACCACCUGGACACCUCCCCUCUGUACAUGGACCCCGAGACGCUCAGCCAGCUGAGGCUCAACGCCUCCUCGCCCGCCCUGCUGGUGUUCCGGCUGCCGUACGGCGUCGGGGCGGAUCUGAUGUCUGCCAAAGAGAUUCUCAGUGGAAACGACGAGGUCAUCGGCCAAGUGAUGAGCACCAUGAAGACGCAGGCCGUCCCGUACACGGCCAUCUACACGGCACUGAGGCCCGCCAGGUCGGGCCUUCAGCAGCCCCUUCAGGACCGGGACCAGGACUACCAGGACCGGGACCACCUCCACACUGCCGAGGCGGCGACGGACAGCGAGGGGAACCAGUACUCAAACCCAUCCGACCACUGGUCACAGAGAGCUCGGUCCAUGGUGAACUCCCUCUGGUUGAUGGACAGGGCGGCACAGACCUCCUCCACCAGCAGGCUGAUCAGCCUGACGGAGGAGGCGGGCUCUCUCUCCAUGGAGGCGGGCUCUCUCUCCAUGGAGGCGGGCUCUCUCUCCAUGGAGGCGGGCCUCGGCGGAGGACGCUCUCUGCUGCAGGCCAGAGGGGGAUAUCGGGAGAGGGAGAGGGAGCGGGAGAGGCAGCGCAGGAUCAAGGAGAAGGCCGGCGUCUACGCACCUGUGGAGUUUAAGGAGGGGGAGGACACCUGCAUCCUCCUGUGGGCUAAAGGCCUGUCCGUGAGCAUCCUCCGGAGCGGUCGCUGGGAGGACCACGACCUGACCCCGUCGACCUUUGGGGAGGCCGUCAGCCCGAAGCUCCACGGCUCAAGCUGCGACAAAACCAAAGCCAAGUUGGUUCUGAACUAUGAGAAUGUCCUCGGCCACCGCAGCUUUAAAUUGAUCUUCGCCAUGAGUCAGCGUCACUACAAAGUGUCGGCCCGCCGCUGGUUCACGCUGGACUCCGUGCAGCUGGAGUACGACAGCAUCAAAGCCAAGUUCAACGCCAGCCGCAGCGUCUACGCGCCGGCCGAGUUCUCGUACCGCUGCCAGUCCGUCAGUAGCUUCCGUUGGCCGCAGCUCGUCCCGCACGCCGUCAACGACCCGGCCAAUCAGUGGAGGGUCUCGUUUGAAGACUUCCAGAUCCAGGGCUUUAACGUGACCGGCGGUGACUUCUCCUACGCCAGCGACUGCGCCGGCUUCUUCUCUCCCGGCAUCUGGAUGGGCCUGAUGACCAGCCUGCUCAUGGUGCUGGUGCUCACCUACGGCCUCCACAUGAUUAUGCAGCUCCGCACCAUGGACCGCUUCGAUGACCCCAAAGGGCCGGCCAUCUCUGUGCCCCAGACGGAGUGACCCCCCCGCAAUGCUUCCCAUUCCGCUCCCAGUUCAUCUGUGGUUGGGCAUUAUGCAGACUAGUUAGUGGUGUUGUCAGAUAAGAGAUUCGUCAUCGGUUUAUACUUAAUUAUGUGAGUGUUGAAGCCCCAGUUUGUGCCCCAGUGGGACACUUCUGUUCUCCAGGAGGUGGUUUAUGGCUUGAAGCCUCCAGAAGGUUCUCCAGAAGGUUCCUCCAGAAGGUCUCCGGAAGGUCCUUCAGAAGGUUCCUCCAGAAGGUCUCCAGAAGGUUCCUCCAGAAGGUUCCUCCAGAAGGUCUCCAGAAGGUCCUUCAGAAGGUUCCUCCAGAAGGUUCUCCAGAAGUUUCCUCCAGAAGGUCUCCGGAAGGUCCUUCAGAAGGUUCCUCCAGAAGGUCUCCAGAAGAUUCCUCCAGAAGGUCUCCAGAAGGUUCCUCCAGAAGGUCUCCAGAAGGUUCCUCUAGAAGGCCUCCAGAAGAUUCCUCCAGAAGGUCUCCGGAAGGUUCUUCAGAAGGUUCCUCCAGAAGGUCUCCAGAAGAUUCCUCCAGAAUGUCUCCGGAAGGUUCUUCAGAAGGUUCCUCCAGAAGGUCUCCAGAAGGUUCCUCCAGAAUGUCUCCGGAAGGUUCUUCAGAAGGUUCCUCCAGAAGGUCUCCAGAAGGUUCCUCCAGAAUCCUCACGUAAAUAUUCUCCUGCUUCACGGAGAGAUUCUGGUUUCUAAUUCGAACAAACAAGUCCCUGCUUGAAGAGGCUUUAAUCAAUAUCGUUAAAUGAAAAAUCAAAAAAAGAAAUAAUUGCAACUUGGGGGGGUAAAAAAAAAAAGAUGAGAUAAUGUCUGUAGUUAACGGGUCAGAGUCUUAAAGAGUCGAAAGGAGACGACUAAGCGUCCUCACUAGGACACGAGUCCUCCUCUAGCUUAGUCUUACUUUACAUUCAAACAUCAUUAAAGUCAAUUAGUGAAGAUUAUCUUGACGAUCUAAACUUUUCAGAAUCAUAAACCUUUGUUUGACAUGGAGAUUAUUUUCUGCAAUAAUCCUAAAAUCUAAUACCAUUGGCUUUAUGUGGAGGGAACCAGUGCAGCACCUCAAAUAUAAAUAUAUAUAUAUAUAUAUAUUUAUAUUUUAAUUCAGAUGGUCAGAAGAGUUGUCUUUCUUUGGUGAUGCACGAGGAGCACAAACUGGAGCUUGCAGGUUGACAAAUGUUCCCCGUUGAAGUUUUACAAAUUGUAGGAACAAAAGUAACUUAAAAAAAAUAUUUGUUAAAUGUUAUUUAUUGGUGAAACUAAUUUUUGUGUCUGUGUUUCCAUUUUCAUCUGUGUAGACGACUGAAAUGUCCACAAAUACAUUUAUUAUAUAU